AUGGGCUGGGAGAAAUUUGUGAAGAAAGAGGAGCGCGAUAAGACUGAUUCACUGGUUUUGGCAGCUAAAUCAGCUAAAACUAUGGCUGAAAUUGUAGUCGAAGAUUCUGACUCUUACUUUGUUUUGGGAGACCGAAAAAGGCUUCUGCCGAUUCACCAGGUUGGCCAGCAUAUCGGUGAAACUCAGCAGGGCAAGAAAGAGUACUUAGUAGCUAAUGAUAAGGUUGCUCUUCUUUUGAAUGAGCAUUUAGAAAUCACGCGCUUCUUUCGGAUUCCAGGAGUUAUUCCAGAGUCUCUUGUCUACUUUGGUGAUGGAUUGUUCGCAGGUAUUGCGCGUAAUCGAGAAGAAGUACUAUCCUUUACUCUUGGUGGACCAAAAACCGAUUCUGAGUUUAGCAUUGGAAACUAUUCCGUUUGUAUUCGUCUGGAAGAGUGUGGACAGGCCUAUGCCGAUGGCCAGUUCCUCUAUGUUGAACACAAGCAUGGCAUUUGUGUUCUUAAGCCAGUUUUAGGCUAA